AUGAAUUGGGAAUUAUUAGAGGCGAAAAAUAUUGAAUGUAAUAUUGCUGCCGUCGAGUUAUUAGAGGCGAAGAAUAUUGAAUGUAAUAUUGCUGCCGUCGUAUCUUUUUUUGUAUUAGGCGAAGAAUAUUGGAUGUAA